CGGUGGUGCUCCGCGGCGGUACCCGACGGAGGCGGUACGGGGCGGAGCGCCCCCCGGCGGCGGGGCGAGGGGCAGCGCAGCCGGCGCCAUGGCGGAGCUCGGCGCCCACCUCACGGCCGCUUCGGCCGGCGACGACCGGCCCUCCAUCUUCGAGGCGGUGGCCCAGGAUAGCCUGAUGGCCGCCCUGAAACCCGCCCUGCAGCACCUGGUCAAGGUGCUGGCAGAGUCUAACCCUGGCCGAUACGGCUUCCUUUGGCGCUGGUUUGAUGAGAUCUACGUCCUGCUGGAUUUGCUGCUCCAGCAGCACUACCUGGCCAGCUGCAGCGCCUCCUUUUCUGAAAACUUCUACAGCUUAAAGAGGAUACCGACAGGAGAUCACGGGCAGCAACCCCUGGCCACGGCUGGCCUGCCAAAGCGGCAGCACUGGAAGUCUCUCCUCUUGCUGGUUCUUGUUCCUUACCUGAAAGGAAAGCUAGAGAAACUGGUGUCCAGCCUGAGGGAAGAGGACGAGUACUCCAUCCACCCGCCAUCGUCAUCCUGGAAGCGCUUUUACAGAGCCUUUCUAGCUGCCUACCCCUUUGUAAACAUGACCUGGGAGGGCUGGUUUCUUAUCCAGCAACUGUGCUAUAUCCUCGGGAAAGCUCAGCAUCAUUCACCCCUGCUGAGGCUGGCUGGCGUUCGCCUGGUCAGACUGACUCCAGAGGAUAUCCAGGCCCUGGAGAAGAAAUUGGCUGGAGCCACCUCAAGUCCAACACGCAGCAUUAAAACCCAAGUGCAGUCAGCGGUGAGGAAAGCGUUGGGUGGUAUUGCCUUCUCCCUGUCCACCGGGCUGUCCGUCAGCAUGUUCUUCCUCCAGUUCCUGGACUGGUGGUACUCCUCAGAAAACCAGGAGACGAUCAAAUCUCUGACAGCCCUCCCAACUCCUCCACCCCCCGUGCACCUCGACCACGGGGCCGGCUCAGCUCUUUUACCCAAACUGAAGACCGUCUGCCCUCUGUGCCGCAAAAUUCGCGUCAACGCCACGGCUCUGGCCACCUCCGGCUUUGUGUUCUGCUACCGCUGCGCGUACAGUUACGUGAAGGCUCACCAGCGCUGCCCCGUCACGGGCUACGCCACAGAACUGCAGCACCUUGUCAAACUCUACUCUCCCGAGAGCUGAAAGGCUGGCCCCGUGGCUUUCAGACGUACAGCUCUGCGGCUGGGUAGCAGGGAGCCUCAAUUCACCCCUUACAUCCCAUAGAAGACUUUCGACCGCCGCAGCUCAUCGGUGAGCUCUAAAGCUCCUUUGAACUUGGCAGUCCAUCAGAGUUUUGCUGCCUUGGCAAAUCCUGGUAAGGCUCUCCCCUCGGUUUGUCAGCUGUUCCAAACACCCUGUGACGGUUUCAGAGGGAUCGGACAGCCACAGGCUGUCAGCCAGCACAGAAAUGCCUUCAGAGACCAACUUUUGGAUAAAAAAAAGAAUGCAGAUGUAAGGAUCAAAGAGCAUCACUGCUAAAAGUGCUGCUCGAGGGCAUGAGCCAGCAAAUUAAAGGGGUAGGGAAUAGUCUCUACGCGAGUUAUUCCUCCUUUAGCAGCUUCCCAGGCACUGGUGCUGCCCAGGGCGAGCUCCGGCACUAGGGCUUGGCAAAGAGGCAGGCUCUGAUUGUGUUAUUCUUAGGAGUUUCCCUUCAUUUUCAGGCUACUCGCCUUUGAAUUGAGAACAUCACACCCCUAAUUCCCAUCAACAGUUCUAAAUUAAGGCUUUUGACUCUUUAAAGGAACAAGAGGUGGUGUGUACAAGCAAGGAUACGAGAGGGAGAUCACAUUUUCUGCACAAGGGAGAAAAAUAAGAAACCAGAUUAAAGCAGCAACUAUGCCAAAUGAUGAGAGCUGGUUUUUGUUAAAAAAAAAGUCUUUGAACCUGUUAUUAUCUGCUUUUAUAAAGCAAAAUUCUUUUCUUGAUUGAGAGCCUAAUUUAUUUCUUCUCUGGGUAUUGAAAAAAUGGAGUUUGCUUUUCUAGGGGCUCUGUUUACACAAAGGAGACUAGACUAAAGCUGCUUUCAUCUUUGCAGGUGAUGAUAAUGGGUAUAAGAUUAGCAUUUUCUAGGUGAGGAAUCUUUAACAUUUACGUUUAAGUAUUACAUUGCCAUUAUUCCAGUCCCAACCAUGUAGCACAUUCAUAACGUAACAAAGCAUCCUUUCACUGAAAGGAGGGGAGAAGAGAACGUGUGUGACAUUAUGGCUGGUUCUUCCUCCACACCUGAUUUUUCAUGGUAGAAGGUUUUUUCCUGACUGGGCUGCAGGGAGCAGCAGUUUGUUACUCCAGACAUCCCAGGGAAUGUUUAGAGAAUACGAAGAGCAAAGUUCGCUGCAUAAAGUGCAAGAUCUUUCCAGAUUAAGAGAUAUAUGUUCUAACGUUUAAUCCACUGAACUGGUCAACUCAUUUUCCCUCAACUUUAGCUCUGCUUCAGAAGAUAAAAAUCUCUAAUAUCCUCCCUCAAGAUAACAAGGUUAUUGAAUAAUGUGGGAAAAGACAGUAAUUUGCAUUCUCCCAGAGAUGCUCUGGAAAAACACUUACUGUAACAAAUGAGAUUUGUCCCCAGUGCUUGUCUUACUAUCUUUCUUCCAGACCCUUCUACCUCUGCCACUAUGGAAUAAUAAUAAAAACUGUCUCAUUUCUCCUUUUUACAGUA